GAAUCACAAUAUAAAAAAGACGAAGUAAAUGCGGAGAUAAAGUGGUGAUUAUGCUUCCAGUAAUCUGUUUGUUAAAAAUACAAAAUGCUCCUGAUAGCAUUCAAUGGAAUAUCGGAAGCAUCCUCUGAUAGCUGUGCGGUCGCAUCCCGUACGCCAAAGAAUGCUUUAGUUGCAGAGGGGGCAUAUUUCUGAUUCGUAGACUUGACUCUGCAGUAUCACUGGAUAUAAAUAAUAUAUAAUAUUAUUAAUUGACAUUAGUUUAAAGCAACAUUACCUAAACCAAUUUGACAUUCUUUAGAGCUUAAAGGCGUCAUUAAACCUUAAUAGAUGUUUCUACAACUUACCGUCAGUAUAAUAUAUUAAUAUUAUUUCGUUAUUUUCUUGACAGUAAUUUUAUGAUGAAUUAAGGUAUAAAGAAAUAAUCUACAACUAGAAAGGUGACUAACAAAUACAACAAGACAAUUAGUUUCAAAAAUUUUCAAAGUUGAAUUUUGGUAUUUUAAUAACAUUUUUAUUCGAGUACGUUUAGAAACAAAGAAAGGGGAACAAAGAAAUUUGGUAAUAUAGGACAUAUUUAAAUAAAAACUUAUUCAAAAUCGGUCCGCAUAAACACUGACAUUAUUUGAUAACCCCUCCUGUUUUAAAGUCGGUUAAAAAUAUAGUCUGCUGCUUCUGUUUCCAUACAUAAUCUUUGCUAUAGUACAACUUAAAAGUCAUAUUGCCAAAUGGUCCCGUCGCAGUUAUCAAGCCAUACUCAUGUUGUUGACUUAAUUUUAAAAUAUUUUUUCGUUAUAUUAAUAAAUAUAAAUUAAGUGAGUUUUAUCUAAGUUAUAGUGAAAAAUGUUAUUCAAGUGGAUUUUGUUAUUGACAGUAAUUAGUGUUAUUCAAGCCCAAUACCUUUCCCGGCAAUGUACGGUACCCCGUUUAUCUCACGGGAGAGCGCGGAGUCGCAUCAGGAGCAAGAUGAUUAAGUACAUAUGUCAAACAGGAUACACCCUCGUUGGAAACAGAUAUUCCACCUGCAAGAAUGGAGAAUGGGACACACCAAUCCCCAUUUGUGUCAGACCUGGAUGCAUUGUACCAACACUGAAGCAUGGUCUUACGAUGCCAUCAUUCGAGGAAGCUUGGGUCGUAUUCUUCUGCAUGCCUGGCUACAAACUUGUGGGUUCCCCAGCCAUAUACUGCGAUGGACGCCAGUGGAAUUCAACAGCACCUACUUGCGUUGAUUCUACUUUGUCGAGCAAUCUGAGUUGUGACUUUGAGAGUCCUGACCUUUGCGGCUGGACACAGGACGCACUGCAUGACUUCGACUGGGAGAGACUCAAUAAAAAAACACCGAGCUCAUUUCUAUUCACAGGACCUUCUUACGACCACACUUAUGGAAAAGACGGAUCAGGGUACUACAUGUAUAUAGAGAGUUCCUCUCGCCUAGAGAACGAUACGGCACGCUUGAUAUCGCCGAUAUAUGAAUCCCGACUGGCUAUCGAUGGCUGCUUCAAGUUCUUUUACCAUAUGUUUGGAAAGUAUGUUUUUUACUAAAGUUAACGUUUAUUAGUCCAAUUGUAAUAUAUAUACACU